AUGACGUCCUCACCCGCGCAUCUGCGCUCCCUUUACCGCGCCAUCCUGCGCGAGCUGCCGCCGCGACCGAUCCUCGCCGCACCGCGGACGCCGCUGCACGCACAGCUGCGCGCCACCUUCUCCUCGGCCGGCGAGGGCACCGCUGACGCCUCGCCCGCCGUGGCCGCCGAGCUGGCGACGUACCUGCGCUCGCAGCGCACGUACGCGACGCUCCUGGAGAGAUACAACCCGGGCAUGGACAUGGACGAGACGGAGCGCGUACGCCUCACGGCCCGGAGGGUCGGCAUGGACUUGCCGGUUCUGGUCAAGGGGCGACUGUGA